ACUCGCACGCAAGUGCCAGGAUCCAAUGUGUUGCGCACUGCGCACGUCUUAGUUCGUCUCGAGCUGCAACGCAAUUUCGCCACCUUUCGCUACUGCGCGAUGGCCGUUUGGACAUGCCCGCGAUGUACGCUGGAGAAUUCUGCUGUCAUGGAGACGUGUGCCGCGUGCAAGGCCGCACGGCCAGUCCCUGCAGACCGCCCCCAGCACCACCAGUGGCAGUGGUGGGACCGGAGCUCAGAAACCUGGAAGGACUAUCCCCAAUUUGCGUGCGCCGAGCUCGAGGGUGCCUUCAGGGAGGGUGUGCCACGGCUGGAGCGACUUGAGUUGCCUCCCUUCGGCACGUACGCGGUCGACCUCUUGAGGAUGUGCCAGAUCAGCGCCCGCGGGUUUGAGCGAAGGUUGCGCCGCAUCGAGGCUGCACCGCCAGUGGCGCCUCAUGCGUCUGCGGCGCAGGGCUCGUUCGGCGAGCAGCCGGCGGUCCCAAGUGAUACAGCUCCAACCUGGCGCUGCAGUCGCUGUACGCUGGACAAUCCAGGCGGCCUGCAGCAGCUCUGCCGGGCCUGCGGCUCGCCGGCGCCGCCUGCGCGCGAGGCCGCGGAGCAGCCGGCCGACCUGCUCGGGGGGUGCGAGAGCGGCGACGAGUCGACGCAGCCGGGCUCGCCUGCGUGCCUGGCGAGCCGCGCGGAGGACGGGCCAGCCUGGGAGGGUGAGCGCGCGGGCCAGGAGAGGUGCCCAAAGCGGCUUCGGACCGCGCAUGGCCCGGCUGCUGCGCCUGCCGCUGCGGAGGAGCGCCGGAGCGCGGCGCAGGCACUCCCCAUGGGCACAGGCACGAGCAGAGGCGAGGAGCCGCAGGCCAUCGACUCCAUCUUGACCCCUGGCGCGUCGGCGCAGGUCGGGGGCUACACCGUCAAGAAUACUGGCGGCGGCGUGCUGACGUGCACCUGCCCCGCGUGGCGCUUCCGCAAGGGCGUCCCCGUGAACGAGCGGAGCUGCAAGCACCUGCAGCAGCACUUUGGUGCUGCUGAG